AUUCUGAAUCUGACGAUGAAAUACUGUACAAUCCUACUAUUAAUGAUGAAAAUAUCGACAGUUCCGAAUUAAACAAAUCUAAACCUAAUGCUAGCAGCAGAAGUACAGAACAGAAUAAAAGCAGAAAUGAACCUGGAUCCGAAAGAUCACAAAAUAAAUCCGAGAUCUCACCAGACUCCGCUGUCGGCUGUAGCACUGAUUCUGAAAUACCAGAUGCCGAUGAAGUUGAACUCAUUUCAACACAAGAAAAACUGGUUUGCUCACCAGACAAAAAGGUUCCCUCGCCUGAAAAACUGGUUUCAUCACCAGAAAAACCGGUUUCAUCACCAGAAAAACCGGUUUCAUCACCAGAAAAACCGGUUUCAUCACCAGAAAAACCGGUUUCAUCACCAGAACAACUGGUUACAUUGCCAGACAAACCUGUUUCCUCAUCCAACAAACAGGUUUUAUCAACAGUGAAAAGGGAUCGGGCUAUACCAAAAGCAAAUAUCAGUGGUUUCUCAAUCACUGCAUCUUCUUCGGAGGAGGAGGAUAUGAAUUCAGAGAGUACUAAAAAAAA